AUGUUUUUGUGGUACACUGCUGCUGCAGUUUUCAGCGCUGCACAUGUGCUAGCUCGGAAUCCGCUGGCCACGAAUGACCAAAGGGAGCUUGAUUUGCUCUCUAUGGCACUGGCCAAGGACUCGUCUUUUGAGCCUCACAAACAAGAAGCCCGCACGCAGUACACAAAUGCACUGAAGAAAUACGGUAUGGUCAUGAACAAGGAAAUGAAUGAACAAUUAGACCAAGCCAUGGACGAGCUUGUUUUCAGCUCUGUUCAGAAAGCCGUCAAUGGCGAUCCAACAGACCCGAAGGUUUACUGGACAGACACGGCUGCUCGCCCUCAUGACUGGUUUGGUCUUUCCGUACCUGGUGGCCGCUACUCGUACGAUAACCCAGACUGCAUUUAUCGUAUCGUGCCUAUUGACGGAAAAUACAGCUACAAGCUGAAGGGUCGUCGUUUCGGCAAUGGCACAGCUGAUUCCUCGUUUUCUCUUAUUAGUAACCCCAACUCCCAAAACACAGUAUCUGCUAUCUACGGACGGAAUUUAGAGGUGAAUGACGAUGGCUCGUAUGAAAUCACGAUCAGCAACAAGGACUCAAAGAGUCCAAAUCAUAUUAAAAGUAACUUCAUGGCUAAGCAACUAUUUAUCCGUCACAAUAUUGGUAACUGGGAAAAGGAAACACCUGAUGAGCUCACUGUUGAGGUCGAGGGUAAUCCUAAACCUUUCUUCCCCAGAACCAAUGCUUCGAUUAUCUGGGAUGCCGGCGAAAACUUGAAAGAGUCUGCAUUCUUUUACGGUUAUGGUGCACUAGACUUCAAGACACUGAGCCAGCCUCGCAAUAACUUGCUGCCCCCUUCUAUUUCCACCACUCUCGGGACCCUCACAUCACAGGCCUUCUCUUUCACUAGCUUCAAGUUGCAGGAUGAUGAAGCAUUGGUCAUUACGCUGACCACCGGCAAGGCUACAUACUGGGUACUGCCCAUUACCACCGGCGGUCUACUCACUGUUGACCCAGAACACAAUAUUGUAAGCUUCAACAAUUAUCAAUCUAUGCAAAACAACAAUGGCUCAUACACGUUUGUGAUAUCGGCUCAAGAUCCCAAAAUCUAUAACUGGCUCAACAUCACUGGUGUCCCCCAAGGCACCAUCAUGGGUCGUUGGCAGGGACUUAAGCCCAAGGAUGGCUCUAAUAACGACAUUAAUGUAUGGACUAGCCAUGUUAAAUUUUCUGAGCUGAGCAAUAUUUUGCCUAAAGAAACACGGUAUAUCUCUGACGACGAGCGAUCCCAGCAACUCGCUGAGCGCCGCCGCGGUUAUAAGCGUAUCCACUAUCAGUAA